AUGUCGGACACUUUGGUGGAAUACGGGGAUGCUGUUCUUGUUUAUCAUCCAAUGAUACAUGGUAGAUUUCUAUCAAAGGGCCACACAUUUUACCGCACAGAUGAUGCUUUCCUGCAAUUUACUGUGAGCAGGUGUGGAUUUUUGUCACAAGCUGAUGCUAGUAGCACUGAAGAUGAUGAUGGUGAUGGUGACAAUGAUGAUGAUCACAUGGAGGUUGAAGAUCAGUUGACUGAGCUGGAUGCAGAUGGAGAUAGCAUUGAGUCUGAAACAUGCCUGUUGGAUUGUGUCGAGGAUGGCGAGAAACCAGAAUAUGAGCUGGAGUUGUUGGAUACCAAGAGUGUUCCAGCUGAGAAAAAAUCACGGAGUGCAAAGAGUCAAUCUGAACUAUUCAAGGUUGUUGUAAACGUUUCUGGUUUAUCCGUUGAUUCUGCUCUGAACAAGUGGGUUGCAAGAGGUAAAGAAUUAAGCAGGAAAGAGAUUUGGUUGGCCUUGGUUAAUCUUCGAAAGCGUAAAAUGUAUGGAAAGGCUUUGCUGGUUGACCGCUACACGUCAAUAUUUGGCACACAAGCUCCACUUUACUCUUCUUUUUGUUGUGCCAUUGGACAAAACCGCUGGUUAUGGUUAUACAGUAUUUCUAAAAUAACUCCUUUCCAUUCUCUACCACAGGCUUAUAAAAACGCCAAACAUCUGGCAAAUGGGAUUAGGGAGAGGAUGAAAGCUGAUAACGUAUUUCCCAAUAGAGCUUUAUCUGACCAAUUUGCUGAAGUUGAUCCAUUUAGGAAAACUCCAGUUUCCAAUUUGCUUGAUUGA